AAAUAAAAUAACUAUUUUACGAAAACGAAUGUAGCGCAUGAAUAUUUUAAAGCUUUUCUCGCAUUUUGAUUGGUUGGUCUUCAUCGGACUGGAAUCAUCUUCUCAAAUAGAACCAGUAACACCUACGGCGGCGGAACUUGAAUAAUUUGAUUUUCACUACAUCACAAGAGGACUUUAUCUGUGACGACAUACAUUUGUUUCUCCUUUUUCACAUUUUAGCAUUUGCUUGCAACUUUUUCUGCUUAUAAUCAUUUGUUGUACAGUUGUGAAUAUAUGAAGUAAUGCCGUUUGGAAACUUUCAACAACUCAAGGAAAGAAUCAUCUAUCCAGCAAGAGAUGCCGCAUCCUCCGCAAAAUCUUCUAUUUCGAGGGUCAUGCGGAAAGAUGCUGAUGAAAAAUCCUUUGUUAAAUAUGACGAACUCGAUGAGGCGUACAUGGACGAAGAGGAAGUCCGAAAAUCAAAACCAUUCCAUUUUAAAUGUGACUGCUGUCGUUGUGUUUCCCAACGCUACCUUAUAGCAUGUCUUAGCAGUAUAGGAUUUAUCAUAUCAUUCGGAAUACGAUGUAAUAUGGGAGUGGCUAUUGUAACAAUGACUAAAGAAUUGGAAUCUAGUAGUGAUAGUGAUAGUAACUUAUCUAUAUCUUCUAACAGCUCUGAAACUAAUAAAACCCAUCCCUUUUUACGUUUACCAGAAUUUUCAUGGACACCUGAAACAAUAGGUGCAGUGGACAGCUCUUUCUUCUGGGGUUAUAUUGUAACGCAGAUACCAGGAGGGUAUCUAGCAUCCAGACUUCCUGCUAAUAGGAUAUUUGGUCUUGCAAUAGGAACAUCUGCCUUCUUAAAUUUAUUACUACCGGGUGCUGCACAGGUGCAUUUUGGUCUUGUAAUGGCUGUUCGAAUUUUACAAGGAAUAGUAGAGGGAGUCACAUAUCCUGCAUGUCAUGGUAUUUGGCGGCAUUGGGCUCCUCCACUAGAACGUUCCAAACUGGCAACCAUAUCAUUCUGUGGUUCUUACGCUGGUGCAGUUUUGGGAAUGCCCCUGUCUGGAAUUUUAACAAAGAAUUUUGGUUGGCAGUCAGGAUUCUAUGUGUUUGGUGCUAUGGGUAUCAUAUGGGCUAUAAUUUUUUGGUUCUUUUCAUUUGAAAGGCCAGCGUGUAAUCCUUAUAUAUCUCAAGAGGAACUUAUUUAUAUUGAAACAUCCAUUGGUGAAAGUUCAUCUUUAACAAACAAAAAUAUGAGAACGCCAUGGUUAAGCUUUUUUACAUCCAUGCCGGUAUAUGCCAUAAACGUAGCUAAUUUCUGUAGAAGCUGGACAUUUUAUCUGCUUAUUAUUAGUCAGCCUAUGUAUUUCAAAGAAGUUUUUCAUGACGAUGUUGCCAAGAGUGGUAUUCUGUCGGCACUACCUCAUUUAGUUAUGGCUAUUAUCGUGCCUAUUGGUGGGCAAAUAGCAGAUAAUUUACGACAAAGGCAUCUUACCACUACUACUGUCAGAAAAAUAUUCAAUUGUGGAGGCUUCGGACUAGAAGCUUGUUUUCUCUUGGGUGUUGCUUUUGCGCGUGAUAAAACCGGAGCAAUGGUAUGUUUGACAUUAGCUGUUGGAUCGAGUGGUUUUGCUAUUUCAGGUUUCAACGUAAACCACCUUGACUUAGCACCACGUUAUGCUUCCAUUUUGAUGGGUCUAUCAAAUGGGAUUGGUACACUUGCUGGAAUGUUGUGUCCAGUUGUUACCGAGCUGUUAACUAAAAAGGGGACUGCAGAUGAGUGGCAAAAUGUCUUCAUUAUAGCCAGCGUAGUUCAUUUUCUUGGAAUAACAUUCUAUGGAAUAUUUGCAUCCGGAGAACAACAACACUGGGCAGAACCGCAUGGAGAAGAUACAUGGAGACCGGAAGAUACACUAAAACCGGACACAACCGGAAAGUUCUUGUCGUACGGUGCUUUUCAGGAACAAACAUCUGAUUACAAAGGACCAAACAACGGAGUUAUAGCAAUGAACGGAAAUGUUGGAAAUGGACACACAGGCUUCAAUUCAUCAAAUUAUUCAAAAGAACAAAAUGGCCGCAAUGACGAUCCAUCACAAUCUUCAUUUGGACAAUAUUCAUUUGAUGGACCAAUGUAUGAAACAAGAGAAGAAUUAGUACAAGUUCAAUCUAGGGACAGAUAUUUAAGUGAGGACCGUGAUUUAUGAGAAAAAACUUCUCCUAGGAAUAUUACGCAAUUUAAACAAAUACAUUUCACGUUUUCUCGGACAGUUUAUUAUUAUUAUCAUUUUUAUUAACAACGAUGCUUGCUAUGUAAUUUUUUAUGUUCAAUUUGAAUGUGUUACUGUUAUGAACACUAAGUUAUAAUUUUUUUCCGGGUAUAUUACAAUAUCACUCUAGAAUACAGAAAAGAUCGACCUGUAGCUAGAUAUAUGUUAAGUACGUAGAACUUGUUAAGACCUCCAGAUAAUGAUAGCAAAUACAAUUAGGCUGUUUUGUUCAUAUUCUGAGUAUUCAAGAACGAUCAAGAAAAGAAAUACUACUUAACCAUAAAUACUAAUAAAACACCUAAAUUGUAGUUAGUAAGAGCAUGUAAAUUAUUUUGGAAAAAUAGAAAUAACAUACAAAAUCUACAUACUGAGUUUGAUUAGAAAUCUUUCAAAUUCUUAGAAACUUGACCAUAUGCACAAUUUUUCUCUUCUCGGUCAUAAUUUCGAGAGGUCGUCGCGUGGAUUUUGUCAUUUCUGGUAAUAACUUACUAUUUACUUUUCUUUUUAAUGUUAAGAUCAUAUCAAAAACAGUUUAGUGACAUUGAAUUAUGUCAGAUCUGCUUAAUUUUGUUGGUCUCGAUGUUAGUAGAUCUAGUUUGUUUAACAAUUGUUCGGUUGAUAGAUUGUCCAAGAUGAGCCUAUCUGUUGGUUGAAUGUUCAUGAUAGAUGAUAACCGGUGUCUGUAGUCCUGUUUUUAAACAGUAUUAAGUGAAGGUUGAGAAUGGUGAUGACGAAAAGGGUGUUCCAAUGUAGAACUCUUUGAGUGUUCUAUUUAAGGACUUUUGGAGGCGAGAUAUUUAUACCAUUUUUCUAUAAAUGUAUCUUCGAUAGUGAUUAGCAAUGUGCAUUGUUAUGUUUACAAUUGUUUUAGUAUUAUUAAGUAUUGUUCUUCGCGAAAUUUAAUAACAUGCUAUAGCCAUGCUCGAAUUAUACAAUUGUUAUACUUUUUUUAAGUCAUGGAAAUGCUUUUUCUGUAAAUUUUCUUCUUAUUCGGGUGACGUUUGAAAUGAUAUUCUAGUCAUGUUUAUUUAUAAUGGUUUUAGGGACUUUGUAGAUUUUUAUCAUUGUUACUGUUUUGUUAAAUGUAAAUAAAUAUACAUAAUGAAAUAUAUCAUAUACAUUUUAUCUACACAAGUCGGAUAGUUAACGUUUCAUUGGAAUGAAGUACAACAAUUAUUCAUACUAAUAUACAACUGGAUUUUUUUUUUUAUAGAAAUAAUCAUUAAAAAAAAUCGUCUUUCUUAUAUUUGGUAAUUUUGCGUUGUAUACAUACUCAAUAAAUAUUAGAAAGUUUUGGUCAGUACGUGCAUUACUUUAAAUACAACAAUUACAAAUUUUAAGUUAAUAUGUUUACCAGUAACAUAAAGAGAAAUGUAGAAUUAUGCAAAUAAAUCUUUUACAAAUC